AUGGAAGAAAUCGUAGUCAGCUUGAGCAGACUACUGCCGAAUCUAGGAGGAGCGGGCAGCACAGCCAGACGCUUAUACGCCAACGUGGUGGCAUCCGUCACCCUGUACGGAGCACCAGUAUGGGCCAGCGAAGCGGAGGAUAACGCAGUGAUCCAGCGCACAUUUAGAGCGUCGCAACGAAGACUCGCCUGUCGCAAGAUACGAGCAUAUAAAACGUCAUAUAUCCUUGUCGUCAGCACCGCGCUCGCAGACAUGCCCCCGCUUGAGUUAAUGACCGGCGUACACAGUGAAGUCCAUGAGCGGGUCUCAGAGGCCAGACGGGAAGGGGAGAUCCUUACUCCAUCGAUCGUGAGAGGUUUUCGGGAGAACGCGAGACGCAAGCUAAUCGUGAAAUGGAAGGACUGGAUGUCGGGUCCAGCACGAGACCAGGCGCUGGCAGCCAUCCGGCCACGACUUGUUAAAUAG